AUGGAGUUGUAUCUCCCAUGCCUAAACACUGCCAUAGCUGGAAUCUUAGCCAUACUUGUGUUUUCCUACUUUAUCAAAAAGAGAUCAAGCUCUGGUACCAAAGCCAAGGGUCCCAAACCACCAAAAGCGGAAGGUGGGUGGCCUCUGCUAGGUCAUCUCGACCUAUUCGGUGGAUCUCAGCUUCCUCACAUAGCUUUGGCUUCCUUGGUUGGCAAGUAUGGACCAAUCUUCACCGUCAAUAUUGGCAUGCACUCUGCUCUGGUGAUAAGUACUUGGGAGGCGGCCAAGGAUUGCUUCACCACAAACGAUAUAGCUGUUUCCUCCCGUCCCGCUAGGCUAGGGAUUAAACACUUGAGCUACAACUUUGCCAUGUUCGGGUUUAGUCCCUACGGUCCAUACUGGCGUGAAAUUCGCAAACUGACAUCCCUCGAGCUACUCUCAAACCGUAGGCUUGAGCUACUGAGAAACGUUAGAGCAUCCGAAGUAGAGAUGAGCUUAAAAGAGCUGUACACUCUAUGGAGCAACAGAAAGGAAGCGUCGGGGGAGCUUUUGGUGGAGAUGAAGCAGUGGUUUGGAGGUUUGACUCUAAAUGUGGUUUUUAGGAUGAUUGUGGAAAGAGAUGCUCUAUGA